UAUUCCAAUCCACGUGGUAGCAAACUCAACCUGCUGUUUAAGCAAACCUGUUACAGCCCACAUCCAAAGCCGACCUGUUUCUAACCCCAACCCAAAUAACCCAUUUCGACCCAACCCAUUAGCAGGACGAGGUGACGUGGCGCGUCAGCAGUUCAGCUUUCUGUCCGUCCUGGUGCCGGCGACGUCGCAUCUUUCUCCCGCACCUUCGGAUCGUAUGCCACUUCAGACGCCAUGGCCGUGGCUCCGCCUCUCUCCACCCUCGUCUCCCGAACUCUAACCUCAAACCCGUACCUCCCGCCGCGGACCCACGGUGGCGUGGCUCAUGCGCGGACGCGGGCUCUGAUCCCGACACCGGCUGCGGCGUGCGCCUUCCGUUCCAGUUCCCGUGUUCGCGCCACCGCCAGUGGCGCGAAGCCCCCGCCGCCGCCGCCGCUGCUGCCGCCUUAUCCUCUGGCCGAUGUCUUCCCCUACAUUACCGCCGAGUGGGAGACCGUCGCGAAGGGUUGGGCGUGCGCCGCCGUCGCCGUAUACUGCCUCUCCCGCGCCGUGCCCGCCGCGGGGCGCCUGCCGCGCGCGCUCGCCAGCGGCGGCGGCGGCGGCGGAGGGGGCGCGGCUGUUGAGGUGGCGGCCAAGGGCGGGGUCACCCUCGCUGCGGUCGCAUCGGCGCGCGCCGCCGCCGCGUACGCGCAACAGGCGUUCCUCUGGGAGGCGGCGCUGCGGGCGGCGGGGCGGCUCCGGGAGCGCGCCUUCGAGCGCCUCCUGGAGCGCGACCUCGCGUUCUUCGAGGGCAGGGGAGGGGUGGCUACGGGCGACAUCGCGCACCGGAUCACCGACGAGGCCGACGAUGUCGCGGACGCCGUAUUCUCCGUGCUCAACACGAUUGUGCCGACAAGCUUGCAAUUGAUAACAAUGUCCAUUCAGAUGGUGACAAUCAAUCCCAUGCUCUCAUUGCUUGCAGCAACGGUAAUUCCAUGCAUGUGCUUCGUCAUAGUCAACCUUGGUAAAAGACUUCGUCAAAUAUCCAAGGAGGCGCAUCUUAGCCUCGCCAUGCUCACAGCAUAUCUCAACGAUGUACUUCCGUCUAUGCUCACUGUGAAGGCAAACAAUGGGGAACUUAAGGAGAUGAUGAGAUUCCAAAAGUUAGCUCGUGUUGAUCUAAAGAAUAAUUUGAGUAAGAAGAAAAUGAAGACUCUUAUACCUCAGGCUGUUCGAGCAACAUACAUUGGGGGCCUGCUUAUGCUUUGUGCUGGGUCAGUAGUUGUUUCAGGCACAUCCUUUAAUGCUGAAGAGUUUCUGUCUUUUCUGACAGCACUUGCUCUUGUUGUGGAACCUAUUCAGGACGCAGGGAAGGCAUAUAAUGAAUAUAAGCAAGGACAACCAGCAUUAGAACGCAUAUUUGAUCUUAUGAGGUUCAAGCCUGAGGUGACUGAUAAGCCAAGGGCAAUUCAUUUACAAAGUGUUAAUGGGGACAUUAAGUUCCAUGAUGUUACAUUUAGAUAUGUUGAUGGCAUGCCUCCAGUAGCAGAUGGUGUGAAUCUUCAUAUUAGACCAGGAGAAAUAAUUGCUUUUGUUGGACCUUCUGGUGGAGGAAAAACUACUCUUGCCAAAUUACUCCUCCGUCUUUAUCAUCCACAAAGUGGGUAUAUACUUCUGGACAACCAUGAUAUUCAGGACAUUCAAUUGCAAUGCUUGAGAACACAUAUUGCUUUUGUUUCACAGGACACUAUGCUAUUUUCUGGGACAAUUGCUGAAAACAUUGCUUAUAGAGACCCUGUGGGAGAUAUUAACAUGAAUAGGGUUGAGUAUGCUGCUAAGAUUGCCAAUGCUGAGGAGUUCAUUAAGAUGUUGCCAGAAGGAUACCAUUCAAAUGUGGGACAGAGAGGUUCUAGUUUGAGCGGUGGACAGAAGCAAAGGUUAUCUAUUGCCAGGGCAAUCUAUCAGAAUUCUUCCAUAUUGAUAAUGGAUGAAGCAACUUCUGCUUUGGAUAUCAGAUCUGAGCUGCUACUGAAAGAAGCACUUAGUAAUCUAAUCACAAAACACUCGGUCACUGAGAUGGUCCUAAUGGCUGACAGGAUUAUUUCACUAGAGCGUGGUGAAUUGCGAGAGAUGUCAAAAUCGGCAUUUUUGUCUCAAGAUGAUCGCUUCAGCUCACCAAAGAUCAGGAGUCCAAAUUAGGGUGAGACUUGGCAUGGGUAAUGGUAGGUUCUCUCGUGAAGAUAUGUGCAUAUCUUUCACCAUCAAAGAAAAGGAUGGAUAGAAGAAUCACAUCUCUUGCCUGAGCCCUGCUCAUAGCUUUGGCUUCUUGGAACCUUGUUUCAUCCCAACAAAUCUGUCAACAUUAUCGAAGGUCGUCUGCUGGAGAGAAUGGCCGGCUGGCUGCCUCAACAGCAUUGCCUCCUACCUGCUGCAAGAUCCUCAACAAAAGGGAACAAAUCAAGCUAUAGGGUUUUAACAAUUUUUCCACGGCCUGUUUGGUUUACGGCCUCAUGCGAUCCUCGCCCCAAGCAACUGAAAUCGGACGUCUGAUCACAUGCCUGGGCGGCAGCUCCACCCAGGAGAGAACCAAACAGGCCCGAAUACGUUUUCUCCUUCCCCCUUUGUAUACAUGCACGACGAAGCAGUUGAGCUGUAUAUAUGCCUUCAGGCUUCCUGCCGAAAUAAAUGUAUUCGCUUUAGGGAAAAAAAUCAUAUUUUAUGCUGCCA